AUGGGCUCCAUUUCCGCAGAAGAUCCAACAAUCUAUUUCGGUUUCGGCUCCAACCUCUGGCUACACCAAAUGGAGCUCCGGUGUCCGACAUCAAAAUACCUAGGUUUGGCCCGCCUCAGCGGCUACAAAUGGAUCAUCAACGACCGCGGCUAUGCCAACGUCGUGCAAGUCUCCUCGGACACUGCAAUGGAUGGAAUCAACGACGACGACAACAACGAAAGUAGAUACGCCAACGUCGUCUUCGGCCUCGUCUACUCCCUCCUCCCGGAAGAUGAAUCCCGCCUCGACGAAAACGAGGGUGUGCCCGUCGCCUACACCAAGGAACUCCUCCCGGUAGACUUCUGGCGCAGUCCUAACGGCACCGCUUCUCCCAUCGAGGACAUCGAGAACACCCCGCCUACGGACUUGGGAGUUAAGAUGUUAGUAUAUAUCGAUCGGAGGCGGACGACAGAGGAUGCGCCGAGGAAGGAGUAUGUAUAUAGGAUGAACAGGGGGAUCGAGGACGCGUUGAAGAUGGGGGUGCCGGAGGGGUAUGUGGAGGGAGUCUUGAGAAGAUUUAUUCCGAGUGAUGGGGAUGGGGGAAAGGAUGGAGAGGGGCAUAGGGGGAGGGCGUUGGAGCAGGCCAGGGGUUUUAGGGAUGAAAGUGGGGUGUUUUAG